CAGACUUUGAUGGCGGUGAAGUGAUUUAAAAACAAAAAAACAAACAAGCCGUCGAGUCUCCCCAUCAAAACGACAACUGACAGCCCGCAGUUCCCUAAAUAGGGACGCUAUGAAAAUUAGGAGUAUUACCUCGAAGCAUAUGUUGUUCACACAGGGGGUGAAAAACUCAUGGAACUGCGCAAAGCGACACAGGGGAGAAUAACAAGCCUCCAGCGGGGCUGCAAGAGAGCCAAACCGCCCAACGCGAAUCUGAGGCUGGAUGUCAGUAAAGUUCUGCGCCCGCUGCCUGUGGAGAACAACGAUGAUGAAGAUGAGCCCAUGGAGGAAGAACAAUGUUUCUCCACGGGCUUCCUCAGCAACGCCAACCUCUUACCUGCGACGCUCUUCAAGGCGCCCCGGUACAGUUUGAUACGGGAGGUGGGUCGCGGGAGCUACGGCGUGGUGUACGAGGCCAUCGCCCGGAGGUCAGGCGCACGGGUGGCCGUGAAGAAGCUCCGCUGCGACGCGCCCGAGAAAGUGGAACUGGCGCUGGCGGAGUUCUGGGCCCUGGCGAGCCUGGAGAAGAAACACGAAAAUGUGGUGCAACUCGAGGAGUGUGUGCUGCAAAGAAACGGAAUGGCGCAGAAAAUGAGCCACGGGAACAAGCGAUCCAAACAGUAUUUGAGAUUAGUGGAAACUUCUUUGAAAGGUGAGCGUAUCUUGGGUUACCCAGAGGAACCGUGUUAUCUUUGGUUUGUAAUGGAGUUCUGUGAUGGUGGAGACCUUAACCAGUACAUCCUCUCCCGGCGACCUGACCCGCGGACCAACCGGAGUUUCAUGAAGCAGUUGACCAGCGCUGUAGCCUUUCUACAUAAGAACAACAUCGUCCACAGGGACCUAAAACCAGACAACAUUCUCAUCUCACAGAAAUCAGGGAGCCCCGUAAUCAAGGUCGCUGACUUUGGCCUCAGCAAGGUGUGCGCGGGACUGAGCUGCAUGGAGAAUGAAGGCGACGACCAGGUAAACAAGAUUGUGAACAUUAACAAAUUCUGGCUUUCGUCAGCAUGCGGCUCUGACUUCUACAUGGCUCCUGAGGUUUGGGAGGGCCACUACACUGCCAAGGCAGACAUUUUUGCACUCGGGAUCAUAAUCUGGGCCAUGAUCGAAAGGAUCACAUUUAUAGACGCUGAAUCCAAGCGAGAACUCCUCGGCACAUACAUUCGUCAGGGAAGCGAGAUUGUCCCAGUUGGCGAAGCCUUGUUGGAGAAUCCGAAGAUGGUUCUGCACAUCCCGCAGAAGACCCGUAGCAUCAUGUCAGAGGGCGUAAAGCGACUUCUGCAAGACAUGUUAGCAGUAAACCCACAGGACCGGCCCGACGCAUUUCAGUUGGAAGUUAGAAUGGACCAAGUGACAUGUGCGGCGUAAGCCAACCCGAUAGGCCAAAACAGGCAAGCAACUUUUUCAGGUUUGCAGAGUUUUUAUACAUGGAAUUAUACGCCAUUGGAAAAUAAAAAGGGGACCGCAGAUCUUGAAACUGUGAAUUUGUAUUUUCGUGAUUUGUUUCCAAAUAGCAGAGUUGAAACGAAAAGACUCAGUAUCUGUAUUACAAACCCAUCACAUGGAAAAGCUAUGCAGACAUAUUUAUAAACAGGCUAUUUUUCUACUUUGGGAUCCAAUUCAUUUGAUUACCAAAUCCACCAAAGUAACUCCACACACACAUGGGCGUAAUACACAAUGUAAAACCUCAUUUCAUGCUCAAGUCUUACCAACAAUUACUUUGUCCCUCUUGUUCUCUGGUGUGACCGCGUGCAGUUGUUUCGGAGCAGAUCUAAAAAGACACGUUGCACUAUGUACUCAAACAUAUCCCGUCUGCACCUCAGUGAAAACUACCUUCUCACCCUUUUCUCUCAAAAGGGUUUACCAGACAGUAUACGUGUAAAUAGCUAGAUGUACAGUAGAUAGUGCCGUUUUAGGAGAUACCGGAUGUUCUGGAAUGUUCUACAAUGCUUUAAAAUGUUCCAGAGAAGGAGAUUAUUAUAAAACUCACCACAAUGAAGACAUACUGUGAACUAUAUAAUGUGAAUAUUUGGGUACUUAGUGACCCUGAUGUGUCUCAUAUACAUAGGUGUUUCUGACCCAAGCAACAGCACCCUCUUUCAAAAAAACAAUCACCUUUUGUGCCUUAUUUUGUUUUUUAAAAGAAAGUGGAAACAGUUGGACUGUUUUCAUUGUUUUAAUUUUAUUAUUAAUAAUUUAGUUUUAUCUAAAAUAUCACCAUAUUUUAUUUUCAUGGUUAUGUUGUGUGAGUUCUUUAAACAAAGCAAUUGCAAAGACAUAUGCAAGAGUUAUUAAAGUUUAAUUUGUUUUGCAUUAGUUAGACAAAAAAAUUAAUUAACCGACAGUAGCUGCUGUUCAGGUGCACUUUUGUCAAAUGUAAAUAAACAAAGUUGUUUUAUUCUUUUCAAACGUUCAAACGGUCAUUUUUCAGACACGCAAGUUAAGAUAGAGAUCAGGUAUUAACAAUAUUUUGACUAUUUUCUGUGCUAAGUUAGUUUAACGAGAGUUAUUUUCUACGUUGACUCGACAGUUGACGUUGUAAAUAAUUAUUUGGUAAGGGAUAAAAUAACUUUGGUGGCUGUUAAGCUAUUUUAAACUAUUGUGAUCAGUUGGUUUUCAUCUAUCUGAAGAACUUUACAUUGUCCUUUUCACUCAAAACAUCAAAUAAGGCCUCAAAAUAGAUGUGACAUUCACAUUGUACUUUGUCUCACAGUCUGGAAAUUGGAAGUCUUUGAAUUCUGGAAUGUUUUGUGUUCUGUUGGAAUGUCACACGGUUGACGUGGAAUGAUGUGGUCACUUCAGCAGUUGCAUUUUUCAUCUCAUGUUUGCUUUUAUGACAAUAUCAUUUAGGUUUAAGGUUUAGGUUAGGGAGGUUGUGCGCAUUAAAAACCUCAUCUGUUUGGGAGAAAAUGUAACUCUCUUUUAGCGCCACAGAGUGGACAUUUCACCUCGAAACUGCCGCGAUACGUGUAUCGAACCACGUAAAACCAUUUCGAAAAAAUGACACCACAUUCACGUAAUGUUCAUGAGUUCAGGCUGAAAAUGCCAGUGAAAGCUAGUUUUCCAUCUGUUAUUUAGAAAUUACUUGUAUUCAGUGUUCUGGUUUACAUAUUCAGUGUUUCUACCUCACUUUUACAACACACAUGAUGUCACUUUUCCUUGCUAACGUGUUUCGCAUUUAGUUUAGUCUUUACAGAAAUUGCAGUUUGCAUAUUUCCAGUGGCAAUUACGUUACUAUUAGACAGACUUUGCAUUUCAGUUUUUGUAAAAAAAAAAAAAAAGAUUAAGUACAAGAACUUUAGAACUUACAAAGUUCAGCUUUAUCUUAAUUUGUUACAGUAAAACAGAAAUGUCUAAGAAUUUAUCGCACAUUCAGUGGUCUCGGUUCAAAAUGUCCCUGAAAUGCCUCCUUUCAAAGUGUUUCCAAUACGUAUUACUGGUUUCUUAUCUCUUAGGGAACCGCUAGCAGUUCUUUUAAAGACACAAUCUACAGUGCUGAGAAUAGUGAUAGUUGGACAGGAGGUUAAAAGUGCUGUAAGCAAUUAUUUCAUGGAAAGAUGUGCAAAAAAUGAAAGAUAUUAAUGAAAUAAGUGUUGUGAGAUAUCUCACCGGUCUCUUGAAACUUUGUAAAUGGCAAACAAAAAUGUGUCCACGGACAUUGACGCAAUCAUUUUGCUCUUCCAUAGUGUUGUAGUUGAUGCGAAUUAUUAAUGCUUAUUGCCAUUUUUAAGCCAUGUUGUUUUUAACAGUUGUCCGUUGAGGGCGCUAUUUUUGCUGCUGUUGUUUUAAAUAACCGUUUCUGCGCAAUGUCUUUCUCAGUAAAGCUCAUUUGGUAUCUUUGGAGUGCCGGGUUUUGGAAAGAGGGUGCGUGGCUAAUUCAACGGCUCAGUGAAAGUAGAACGGCUAAAAUCACUUACAGCACCUUUAACGGUGUGGCUAAAAACAUUAUUUCUUUUUUGAAAGCACAAGAGAAUUAUAAUAGAGCAUGUUUAAUUUUUAAAGUUAUUUCUUUUCACUCAUCUUUCACAAGAAUUGUGGAUUGUUCAUGUAGUGUUUCUCACAUUGAAAAUACCAAAAAACCUCAGACUCACAGUAAUGAUGUUUUUCUUGUCCCUCAGACAUUUUCUCUUCUACUGGUCCACUAUAAAAUGUUUGCAGGGUCAAACAAAUACAAUGACCAUUUAACAGACCUUUUUUUUUGUAAUAAUAGCUCUGUUGUAAUACUAGCCUACAAAGAGAUACGCACAUUCAGCAAUCACUACAAAUACGGAAAGUAAACCGUUAUCUUUCUACUGAACAGUUUUUCUAUCCUUUGGUGAUUUGGUAUAAAACAGAGUCUUGUUUCACAGAUUAUUCUGAGUAUGGAUAUUUUAUAGGGUGCAAAUAUGUCUUACUGUCGACAUUGAACUGGGUUUGAUUAUGAUUUUAUGAGCCAUUUGAUGUUUUUGCAAAGCAAUCGUUCUUAAAUGUAUGUAGCCUCUUGUUUUCAUGAAAUAAAUGAAUAAAAACAAAAA